AUGGGGCCUUGGGUGGGCUCAGUCUCUGGAGCUGGCUGCGGGGAACUCCAGUCCCGGAGUCCGGAGACCAAGGAGACAAGGCAGGUGCUAAAGAAAUCCGCAGACCUCCAGCCCAAGGCCUGUGUCACUGCAGCCAGGUGGGUCCCCAGGCACAUCUGGACAGCUCUGCAGAAUGUCCUUGAGGAAGUAGCCCUGAGGUAUUAUGGCUGUGUUCUGGUCAUCCAUCAAAACUGAUGGAUUUUGGACCUGGCUAGUGAAAGUGGCAGAGAUUUGCUAUGUGCUUAAAUGAUUUAUGAGAAAGGGCAUGUUACUGGAAUUGACAUGAGAGAAGAUCAGGUAGAAGUGGCGAAAAAUUAUAUUGAAUAUCACUUGGAAAAAUAUGGCUUCCAGGCACCCAAAGUGACUUUUGUUCAUGGCUGCAUAGAGAAGUGGGGAGAGGCUGGGACCAGAAAUGAGAUCUUGUUUCUUAAUAAACAGCUUAAAAUCAAUAUCCCAAAAAGACAGCUUCAGGAUGGCAAAACUUUGAUCCUUUCGUUCACACGGGGUCAGUUCAAGCACUUCCAUCCCCCCACCCCUGCAUUUGUUUUUAAAAUGGAUGUUAUCCCUUCAUUCCUUUCUUUGCUAUCUGGGAUUAAUGUAAUCUUAACCUUGUUUGGACGAAUUCUGCUGCUUCAGCAUGAUGGGAAGCUAUAUUUCAGUGACGUCUCUGCUAGCCUUGAGUUGCCAGAAGAAAGCAGGACACAGUUUUCUGGGGAUCACAUCACAGAGCCAUUCAAGCUUGCAGAAAAGUCUGACAAUGCAAAGUCCGAUUGUUCCCCUGGAGGCUGCUGAGGCACAAAGAAAAGCUCCUGCGAAGACGUUGUCUGGACGCUAAGGAAUGAGUUACGUAUGUCUUUUAACCUGCUCUUCCCAUAG